AUCAGUCAAUCGGUACAGCCAGUUCCGCCAUGGGCCAAAUGUCAUCGAUUAUGUCAGAAUCAAAAGCGCCAUAGCCAGCAACAAGAUGCGACGUCCGUUGUCACCAAUGCUAUCAAAGCUGGCCGAGCAGGAGCUGAACGAGACACCCGAUCGGAUACAGCAGGAUAUCAUAAUAUUACGGGUCUGGAUACGCCAGCAGCCACAUUUGCGCGCUCGCACCGAAGAUGACUUUCUGAUUGCGUUCUUGCGACGAUGUCGCUACAGCUUGGAGGCAACAAAGCGACAUCUGGAUCGCUAUUUCACAAGCUAUAAUCUGUUCCCGGAGUUUAUGAGCAAUCGGUUUAUUACACAGCGAUUGCUGGAUAUUAAUCGGUUGGGGGUUUGCCUGUUUCCGGACUUGCCCAAGUGUGAUAAUCGCACGGCUUUGUUUAUUGCACGAUUUGGCAAGUUCGAUCCCAAUCAGUACACUCUGCGCGAGAUCUAUCAAUUCUCAUCGAUGGCCAUGGAAAUUGUUGCGCUGGAGAAUGAUUAUGCAUCUGUGGCUGGAAUAUGUGAGAUUAUUGAUUUGGAUGGCCUCAGCUCGGAUCAGAUGCGUCGCUUCGACAAGCACUUCUUUCGCAAAUGGUGGAAUUGGCUGCACGACUGCAGUCCGUUGAGGGUGAAGGAGGUGUAUGUGAUUAAUAUGCCGAAGGAUAUACAGGGCACCAUUAUGUUUCUCUACAAUGUGCUUAGCACGCAUGUCAACUAUCCGAUACGUGUGCUGAAGACGAGCGAGGAGCUGUUCAAUCAUAUCGGCAAGGACUGCCUGCCGGAGGAAUAUGGCGGCACCAAUGGUCACAUGGCCGAGAGUGUUGCCUAUAUGGAGGAUUUGUUGAAUAGCUAUCGGGCGUACUUUGAGCAGGACCACAAGUAUGGCACCAUUGAGGAGUUGCGUCCUGGCGAGAUUGCCAUGUACGAGGCCGAGUUCGGUGCGAGCGGCUCCUUUCGCAAACUUAACUGGGAUUGACAUUUGACCUUAUUGUUAAUUGAAAAUAGUCGAUCAAUUAAAAUUGUGUACCCAUACGCAUAGAUAAACAUAAAAAUACCUUGAUUCGCUUGAUUCGCUUAUCGGCAA